AUGUCCGUGACGAUGGCGCAAAUGCGGAGGAGACAGCUACUCUCGGAGAGCGAUCGAGACGCCGAACGGUUGCACAAAAAUCAGUUUGGGGGCCCUAUCGGCCUCUCCCACAGGUGCUGCUUCAACGACACAUUGUUCGUCUACGCGGAUGAAUCCUACACUGGCCCGAUCGGCAUUGGGCUGGUGCAAGACUCGCUUGGCGUUUGGAGCGGGACGCUGGCCGCAAUGCUCGGCUUCAUAACCGACCACAUGGCGGCGCGUGUUGUCUACCUCAGAGACAGCGACUGCCUGAACGACAUGGACGGAACACCCGACUUCUUCUGCCAGAGGACAGACGGCUCACACUCGACCGUUCCGGUCACCCGCUUUGUGACGCUCAACCGGAGGUUCCAAUGGCUGGAGCCGCCGGAGGAGCGCAGCGUCUGGGUUACAACCUCGUUCGUCGAAGCUGACGAGGCCGCCCUCUUGCCCGUCUACUACGACUCGUCGCAGCUGGGAAUCUUCACCUUCUUGGAGCCUUUUGACACCUCUCUGUGGCUCGCGCUCGCAAUCUCUUGCAUCGUGGUCGGCGCUCUCAUGCCGAUGACCCUGCGCGAUCCCCGGACCAACGCGACGCGAGUCCGCGGCGGCUUCUUUUUUGCCAGCUUUUCAGAUCGCGUCCUUCUCUUCUACCACGCCGUCUCCGAGCUGUUGGGCAAGGAAGACUUGGAAUGGACGACCAAUACCUCUUCCCGCAUCCUAAAGGUGGGGUGGCUCAUGUUCAUCCUCAUCACCGUUGCCUCGUACACCGCCAACCUCGCCGCCUUCUUCACCGCAUCGGGGCGUGUGGUCAGAGGGCCGCAGGACAUGGAGGCGCUGAAAACCCACGUGGCUUGCUCCACGCACGACUUCGACACCAUGGAAUCGCACCACGAAGAGGCGAUCUUCUACGGGGUUCCGAAUACGCUGGGUGGGAUGAUCGGCGCUUGGAUGCCACACGAUCAUGCCCUUUAUCGCGAGGGCGUAGCAGUCAAUUAUGGUGAGCUGACGUUCAAGGAGAAGAAGAAUUCAGAUACGUUCAGUAGCAGCGGGUUCAUCGACCGGUGUGCGCAAAAGGUGCGUGCGGGUGAGGCGGGCUUGAUCUUGGGCCCGCAGUCGGAGCUCGCAGAGUGGCUGUUGGACAGAGCGCGGCCAGAGAAUUGCAUGAACUGGGAGUUCAGUCGCGGGAUCCACCUGCAUCACGGCCCUCUGGCGCAGAUCUUCCUCGCGGUCAACAAGUCUUACGGCUGGCCCUUCUUCUCCGCGCUACAAGAGUCGACUGCCUACCUCCGCGCCAGUGCACCCGUCGACAUCCUCACCACCAUCUACGCCCGCGAGCAGAACCAGGGCGGGGCGUGCCCAGCUUCGCUGCAGAAAGUGAGCCACCGCAUCGCAUUCUCCGACCAGUACGGAGUGUUUGUGGUCUUUGGGACAUUCACCGGAGUCGCGGUCCUCGUCAGCUUCUUCGAGGCGUAUCUGCUGCAGCGGCGCAAGCGGAAGCUGGCGCGGCGGCAUGAUACCGACGACAACGGGCGAGGCGUCAUGACCGACACUGAGCUGCUGCGUGAGGUGAUCAAGGAGCUCGACCGGGCGGUGGCAGCAGCAGCGACAAGAGGCCUCGUCGCAUGCGCCUGA